AUGAAAUUUAUAGUACUAUUAUGUAUUGUUUUAUCCAUAUCUACAAUUAGAUGUGAAUGCUUAAAAGAAUGUUGCAAAACUUUAGCUGAAAGACCUGCCCUUUCUUACACCUUUUACUAAGAUACAGGUCGCUUUACUGGUGGUACUGGAAAAUGGGCAAUUGAAACUAGAACUUAUUCUGGACAAGGAGAAGGCUACUUGAAUCCUGCAAAAUAAUGUGUGGUUAAUGUAGGUGUUUUACCUGCUAAUACAUACAAACUUGGUUAUUGCAAAGAUCUCAUGCAUGAAACUACAACCAGACCUUGUUCUUUCUACUUAGAUCCUUAAGAUGAAAGUAAAAUGUGUGGAAGAAACGAUUUCUUUAUUCAUGGUUGCUAAUGCUGCACUGAAGGUGAUACUACUUAACCUCCAGUUGGUGGAUGCUCUGCUGGUUGCAUCAUUAUGAACAUCGAAAACAGACAAAAAUUAAGAGUUGGAGAUAUUGUCCAUGUUGUUAGUCAUGAUCCUAAUAAAGCUUUUUUAUAAGAAAUGCCUAUUGAAUAAAUUGAUGCUUGA